CAUUGGUGCAAAAUUGAUGUUGACGUUAAACUAGAGGAAGGCGAUAGGGAGAUAUCCCAAGCAACCAUUUGGUCUGAUUCGAUUAAUGCCUGGAAAGAUUACCCACGUUGUCCAUCGUCAGGAAACACAGAAACAAGUGAUCUGGAAACCAAAACAGAUUCAGCAUAUGAACAUGAUUAUACAAUGAUCCAAACUACCAACAACGUAUCAGCCAGCUAUUUUCUUUCUGAGAUUGAUGUAAAUGUAAAGCUUGAGGAGAAUGACAUGGGGAUAUCCCCAGCUGUCCCAUGUUCAGGUUCCCAUGUGGGUUUACUGAAAUAACAUUCACAUGUACCUUCUACCAUUAGUCCAGGGCAGAUUUUACGUAUUUUUCCUGAAAAGAUAGGAGCAAGUUAUAUGGAGAAUAAAGCUGUCAAAGUGGUUUAUUUCUGUAAAGACCAAAAUACCAUCGGCACAUCUGUAGGGCAUUUGAUCAAAGAAGAAUCAUGGCAUGGAGCACUGUCCAGUGAUAUUCCGAUAUCAAAUGUGUUCACCCUCAGCGGUUCUUUUGAAGUUCAAAUCAACCCAACUUUACAGGUGUUUAGUGUAAGCCAAACACAGACCAAUAAUGAAUUGCCCGCUGACAAACUUAAUCUCCCAAGCAAUAGUACUGCCAUUCCUUCUGUGCUAACCUUAGCUGUAUCUGUUAGACCUUGGCCUAUUCUUCAAGAUUAUUGUGAGCCAUUGAACUUUCCCUCUGAUGAAGACAAAGACUACAAUGCUGUCAAGCCGUCAGUGUAAUGCGGUAGGCGAAGUCAGGCGCAGGACACAGAGCUAAUCAAAAGGCGUACUUUACUCAAAGGUAAAAGAAUGAACAACAACCUCCACGCAGGGAGGGAACAAACCCGCACACUAACAACAACCGAAACAUGAACAAACACGCACAACACACAGUGUGAGACAGAGGGUUAAAUAGGGAAGACAUAACUACAUAAUGGGAAACAGGUGUGACCAAUUAAGACAAAACAAGUCGAACAUAGAUACAUGGAUCGGUAGCAGCUAGUACUCCGGUGACGACGAACGCCAAAGCCUGCCCGAGCAAGGAGGAGGGGCAGCCUCGGCUGAAUCCGUGACAGUACCCCCCCCCCCCCUUGACACCGACCCCGGCCUCGGGACGGCCAGGAGGACGCAGAGCAGGGCGGGUCGGAUGACUCUGGUGGAAAUCCCUCCGGAACGUACCCCUCCCACUCCACGAGAUACUGCAGGCCCCCCACCCGACGCCUCGAUUCCAAGAUGGAACGGACCGAGUACGCCGGAGCCCCCUCGAUGUCCAGUGGGGGCGGAGGAACCUCCAGUACCUCAGACUCCUGGAGUGGACCAGCUACUACUGGCCUGAGGAGAGACACAUGGAAUGAGGGGUUAAUACGGUAAUUAAUAGGAAGUUGUAACCUAUAACAAACCUCGUUCAAUCUCCUCAGGACUUUAAAUGGCCCCACAAACCGCCGACCCAGCUUCCGGCAGGGCAGGCGAAGGGGCAGGUUUCGGGUCGAGAGCCACCUCACUGCGGUGGUGAUCGGCGCUCGCCUUUUGUCGCCUGAUUGCCCGCUGCAGGUGUACAUGAGCAGCGUUCCAGGUCUCCUCCGAGCGCCGAAACCACUCAUCCACCACAGGAACCUCGAUCUGGCUCUGAUGCCAAGGUGCCAGGACCGGCUGAUAACCUAACACACACUGGAAAGGCGUAAGGUUAGUAGAGGAGUGGCGGAGUGAGUUUUGGCCUAUCUCUGCCCAGGGGAUAUAACCUGACCACUCCCCCUGCUGGUCCUGGCAAUAGGACCUCAGAAACCGACCCACAUCCUGGUUAACUCUCUCCACCUGCCCAUUACUCUCGGGGUGAAAACCUGAGGUAAGGCUAAUCGAGACCCCCAGACGUUCCAUGAACGCCCUCCUGACCCUUGAGGUGAACUGGGGACCCCGAUCCGACACAAUAUCCUCAGGUACCCCGUAGUGCCGGAAGACGUGUGUAAACAGGACCUCAGCAGUUUGUAGGGCUGUAGGGAGACCUGGCAUAGGAAUGAGACGGCAGGCCUUCGAAAACCGAUCCACAACGACCAGGAUCAUGGUGUUCCCUUGUGAGCGGGGGAAGGUCCGUCACAAAAUCCACCAAUAGGUGGGACCACGGCCGUUGUGGAAUGGGUAGGGGUUGUAAUAUCCCUCUGGGCAGGUGUCUAGGUGCCUUACACUGGCGCACACCGAGCAGGAGGAAACAUAAACUCUCACGUCCUUGGCUAAAGUGGGCCACCAGUACUUCCCACUAAGACAGUGCACUGUCCGACCGAUGCCAGGAUGACCAGAGGAGGGAGACGUGUGAGCCCAAUAGAUCAAUCGAUCACGAACCUCAAGCGGCACGUACAUCCGACCCUCUGGACACUGGGGGGAGUGGGCUCAGUACGUAACGCCCGCUCGAUGUCCGCGUCAACCUCCCACACCACCGGUGCCACCAGAUACGACGCCGGGAGUAUGGGAGUGGGCUCAAUGGACCUCUCCUCUGUGUCAUACAGUCGGGACAGGGCGUCUGCCUUAGCGUUCUGGGAACCUGGUCUGUAAGUGAGAGUAAUCACAAAACAAGUGAAGAACAUGGCCCACCUUGCCUGACGAGGGUUCAGCCUCCUCGCCGCCCGGAUGUACUCCAGGUUACGAUGGUCAGUCAAAAUGGGAAAUGGGUGUUUAGCCCCCUCAAGCCAAUGCCUCCACACUUUCAGAGCUUGAACCACAGCUAACAGCUCCCGGUCCCCCACAUCAUAAUUGCCCUCCGUCGGACUGAGCUUCUUAGAAAAGAAAGCACAGGGGCGGAGUUUUGGUGGCGUACCCGAGCAAUAAAAUGCAAAUUAAUUACUUAAAAAUCAUACAAUGUGAUUUUCUGGAUUUUUGUUUUAGAUUCCGUCUCUCACAGUUGAAGUGUACAUAUGAUAAAAAUUACAGACCUCUACAUGCUUUGUAAGUAGGAAAACCUGCAAAAUCGGCAGUGUAUCAAAUACUUGUUCUCCCCACUGUACACCACUACACCCUGUUCAUGCAGGUCCCUGAAAAUCUCAUCAACAAAAGAUUGGAAGACUGAAGGAGCAUUCAUCAAACCGUAUGGCAUGACGAGGUACUCAUAGUGCCCCGAGGUGGUACUAAAUGCCGUCUUCCACUCAUCUCCCUCCCGAAUACGCACCAGGUUGUACGCGCUCCUGAGAUCCAAUUUCGUGAAGAAGCGUGCCCUGUGCAAUGACUCCGUCAUACUCGCAAUCAGAGGUAAUGGAUAGCUGUAUUUUACAGUGAUCUGAUUUAGACCACGGUAGUCAAUGCACGGGCGUAAGCCACCAUCCUUCUUCUUCACAAAAAAGAAACUCGAUGACACAGGGGAAGUGGACGGCCGAAUGUAUCCCUGUCUCAGAGAUUCGGUGACAUAUGUUUCCAUAGCCGCUGUCUCUUCCUGUGACAGAGGAUACACGUGACUCCGGGGAAGCGCAGCGCCUACCUGGAUGUUUAUCGCACAAUCCCCCUGUCGAUGGGGUGGUAAUUGAGUCGCCUUCUUUUUACAGAAGGCGAGAGCCAAAUCGGCAUAUUCAGGCGGAAUGUGCAUGGUGGGAACCUGGUUUGGACUUUCCACCGUAGUUGCCCCUACGGAAACACCUACACACCUCCCCAAGCACUGACUUGACCAUCCCUUGAGAGCCCUCUGUUGCCAUGAAAUAGUAGGGUCAUGAGAAGUUAACCAGGGAAGCCCCAACACCACGGGAAACGCAGGAGAAUCAAUCAGAUAUAGACUAAUUAUUUCCUCAUGCCCCUCCUGCGUCUUCAUCCAGAGUGGCGCUGUGACCUCCCUAAUCAGACCUGACCCUAAAGGGCGACUAUCUAAGGCAUGAAUAGGGAAGGGCACAUCGACUGGCACAAUAGGAAUCCCUAACCUACGGGUAAACUGACGAUCAAUAAAGUUCCCAGCUGCGCCUGAAUCUACUAGCGCCUUAUGCUGGGAAUGAGAAGAAAACUCGGGAAAUACAACAUUAAUACAUAUAUGCGCAACAGGGAGCUCUGGGUGAGUUGGGUGCCUACUCACCUGAAACGGUUCAUCAGUGCGCUGCCUACUGCCUCGACUCCUUGAAGGCCCUCCCCAGCACCGACCAGCAGUGUGUCCUCUGCGGCCACAGUUGGUGCAGGGGACGGCCCCUUUACCGGUCUCCCUCAUAGCAGCACCUCCGAGCUCCAUAGGGGUAGGGUCGGAGGUGCUGGGGGAUGGAAUGGACGGCCCCUAAUCCGGACAUCCGUGGGUAGCCAACAGGUUAUCCAGUCGAAUUGACAUAUCCACCAGUUGGUCCAGGUUUAGGUUGGUGUCCCUGCAGGCCAAUUCCCGACGAACGUCCUCCCUCAAGCUGCAACGGUAGUGGUCGAUGAGGGCCCUCUCAUUCCAUCCUGCGCUGGCAGCCAGAGUCCGAAAGUCCAGUGCAAAUUCCCGUGCGCUCCUCUUCCCCUGUCUGAGGUGGAAUAGACGCUCUCCCCUCUGGUGGAUGAUCGAAUACCGGCCUAAAGCGGCGGGUAAACUCUGCAUAGCUUACAGUUGCGGCGUCUAUUCCCCCCACUCGGUGUUGGCCCACUCCAGCGCUUUACCGGACAGACAGGAGAUGAUGGCGGACACGCUCUCAUAUCCCGAGGGAGCCGGGUGGAUAGUUGCCAGGUAGAGGUCUACCUGGAGCAGAAAACCCUGACACCCGGCAGCUGUAUCGUCAUAAGCCCUCGGGAGCGAGAGCUGAAUCCCACUGGACCCAGAGGGUGAAGCGAUGGACAUCGGUGUAGGUGGUGGUGUAAUCGGAGGAGGUAUAGGGAUACCUCCUCUCUCCCAUCGCUCCAUAGUAUUCACUACUCGUUCCAUAGCGGUGCCAAAAAAACGAUAGAGGAUAAAUAUAUAUGGCAGUGUUGUGUCAGUUACUCAAGACCUAACCUAAGACAUUGUGGGAGUUAUUGGAAAGAUCCAUACGCCAAGUGCAAGGAAAUCGGUGUAGAUUUCAAUGUUGUAUCUGAAGCGAAACAGAAACUUGAUUUUAAUUUACUGACAAAUGGUGUUAUGGUUGAGGUGUCUGAAUAUGCUAAAGAGAUUAAUAGAUCUCGUAAUUUACAUAACAGCAUGUAAGAAAAUCCUACACCUUUUGACAUCUGUAUAAAGGACGAGCCUUUUGUGGACCUGAUAUCUCCUCAGCAUGUGAAGACUGAGAGCGUCUUUACUGAGACAGUUGUAACACGAUGUGCUGAUGAAACCACAAUCCUUGGCCCUGAAAAUGGAUCUAAUGAUAUCUACACGAGGGAUGAAACAGACACAACAAUGGACCAAUCCUUAUUGUUGCCCACAUUAGAAGAAGCAUUGAGGGUCCUCUAUCCUAUAUGUAAGGAAAAAGGACUUGACCUUGAUGUGAAAUCAAAAUUUGGGAAAAAGGAGAAACUUGACUUGGAUCUAUUGACCAGAGACGUAAUGUUUGAAUUGGCUGAUUUUGCCUCAGAAGUGUGUGGUAAUUACAAGCAGAUUGUCUGUGAUGUUCUAGAGCAUCAUUUUGAUCUGGAUUUACAAAGUGGGAAAACUGAGCUGGCUGAAGAUAUUAUGGGCACAUUAAGAGCAGUUUUGCAGAGCAAGACACAUAUAAAAGGUCAAAGGAGAUUUCCUGAAGAAGCAACGCAAACAAAAGAAUCCUGCAGAGAUUUCCAGUAACCAGAAGGUCACUAAAGCAUCACUUGAGCCGAAAUACCAAAGACUGAAAGAAGUAACAAAAAGGAGAAGAUUGGAUUUAAUGAGGAAAAAUAAAAUAAUGUUAAUAGCCAGGGAGUCGAAGGGAGGGGAUUUUUUAGAACUCAGACAAGUAGAACCUCAUUGGGUCAAGAUAGAGAGCAUCUCUGAAGAGACCGACCUUGCACUUUGUGCUGAUGAAACAAAGCAAAUUGUUACCAAAUUAGACCAAUCAACUGUGACAUCUAACACCAAAAAAGUGGUGAAAGAGUGCUACCCACUCUGUCAGGAAAUUGGUCUGGACCUUGAUGUUGCAUCCAAACCUGCAAAAACGAAACUGGAAUUUAAUUUACUGACUUACGGUGUAAUCUUU